AUGUUGUACGAUAAUCUUCAGUCGCCAAGUUCAGAAGCAGCACUUGGUCAAAUCCAACAGUCAGAAGUGAACUUGGAAACGAUCUGCCAGAGUUUCUACUGCUGUGUCCCCAACUACCAGAUGUACUUGAGCCCUUCCAAAAAGGAUGGUGUUGUUGUGCAUGCUGAAAAUGAGUGGGUAGACAACAAGACUCUUAGCUCUUCAGCAUUCGAGGAGUCAUGGCCUAGCACAACAGACAAAACAAUAAGUGUAGACAACAAUGGAGGCAGGUCAUGCGGAGGCAAUGGGAGUAGCAGAUCACAUCAACAGUCAACAAGAGAUCAUACAGAAGAGAAGUCAACUCUGGCAAGAUUUGUUGAUCGAUUUCGACACGCACCUCCCAGCAGUCGGUCUGCUCGUCAAUCUCAAGUUGACUAUGGAAGUGACUUCUGGUGGCUACGUGCAAGUUCACCAGUCACUUCAAGUCCAGAGAGAGAUAGGGAGACGACAAAGUUACAGUUUGGAAAAGGACAGAAAACAAGGACACAGCAGAAUAGAGAUACAAAAGAAGACAGAUUAGGAGAAAGAGCGAAAAAAUUGUUGAAAAUGAGUGAGCACGUGUUUGGAAGCUCUUCUUCAUCGUUUGAUGUCACGCAAGUUAGUUCUGAUGGAAUACUGAGUGGGACUUCUAGCAGCUCACUUCCAGCUCAGAGAUACCCACCAGCAUCACAGAUUGGUCAACAGUUGUCUUCUGCGUUCAGACAGCCACAGGGUAUGGAAUACAGUUGGUUAACUUUCCUGCAUCUAUUGCUCUUUUAUCUGUGUGUGCAUGCCUGCUGGGUGAUUGCUUGGGUGCUUUCUAUAAUCAAAAUAUUACUUGGCAAGUUUUUUUAUGUACUUGGAUGUUAUUUAUAUCGCUACUGUGUAUGCAUAUCUUGCUGCCUGUACCUAUAAACCAUUGUAAUUGGUAGUGCCCCUUCUUUCUAUCUCAUUUACGGCCAUUUUAA